AGUUCGUAAAAAGGGAAGUUGGAUAUUUGGUGGACUCUUCAGCUUUUCGUCUUCAUCAAAAAAGAUCCAAAGACAAAACUCGAGAGAUAGAUACAGAGAGAGAGGAAGAGCCUACUGUUCUAUUCAAACUGUUUCAGAUCUGAACGAUUUCUCUUAAAAGUCUCGUUUUUUUCGAGAAUCACGAUUAGUAAUCGGAGCUUGGUUUUGAUUAUAACGAGAGAGAAAGUCAACGGAUAUGCCGGAAGAAGAGUCGGUAGAUAUCAAAUUCAGGCUCUACGAUGGUUCCGACAUCGGACCUUUUCACUAUUCAUCUUCUUCAACCGUCGACUUUUUGAAGCAAAGGGUCGUCUCUGAUUGGCCCAAAGGCAAAACAGUUGUUCCGAAAGGGAUAAAUGAAGUGAAGUUGAUUAGUUCGGGUAAGAUCUUGGAGAAUAGCAAGACUGUUGGUCAGUGUAAGACGCCUUUUGGAGAGGUUGCUGGUGGAGUUACUGUGAUGCAUGUUGUUGUUCAGCCUUCUCUUGCCAAAACUAAAACAGAGAAGAAGGUCGACAAAGCACCCAAGGCGGUUAUAUGCACAUGCACCAUUUUGUGAAAGGAGCAAGACAUGUAUCAUACAUACCAUUCUCAAUUCUUCAAGUACAGAAGAAAACCAAAAAAAAAAAAGUAAAGCUUCCCCUUUAAGCUGUGGAGUAUCAUCAUAACCUCGAAAUGCAAGCUUUGAAAUGUGUAGAAAAUGAUUUAGAUUCUUUUGGUGUCCCUUAUUUGUUUUUUGUUCACACUAUCUCUGGUAUACUUCAUUUGCGUCGUUCUGUGUAAUAAACGGAAGUUGUAUAGG